AUGUCUAGGCUCUAUCAACCAAUCGUGUGGUUGCCUUGGGGUUGCGCACAGUCACUUUGUUGUGAUCAAAAUUCUGGCCUUUGCCUCCCGCAACGCGCUCUCGCCUCCCUCCACCCAACACCACCACCCCCAUUCAUCAACUCGAUCCAGCUUUGGAAAGCUCUCUGUGGGUUGCGUCUCUUUCAGUUUGCGCGGCUGUCGUUCACUUCUCACGCUGCAGCCAGCGCCUCUACGCCGCGUGCGCCCAUCACUCAGAAGUGCGAAGAGAAACACACUUUAGAAACCAGGAUGGAAUUGAACGCCAUUUCAGAGCUUCUUCGGAGAAUCGCUUCUGAUAGCGACAUGUUAGAUUUCUACAAGGAGGAAUUUGAUUCUGAUCUCGAAGAUCUUUCUCAUUAUAAUGGCAUAUUCAAGGAGUUAGCUGCAAUCGCAGCUGACUCUGUCGUGGAGAAGCCUCCUGUAGAUUGGGCUGCUGAACGGGAAUACAGAUACUUGGCCAAAGCAUUGGAGUUGGUUGAGUAUCUAAUGGUUCAGUCAUCUUGCCCAUUUUCAGAAGCAGCAAAACUAUUCAAGAAUGCAUCUCGAGUGCGGCGGCAAUUCCAGCAGGGUUUCCUUGUUAAAUAUCUCAGCGGUCUACCGAAAAACAGCACAAAGCCAGUCAGCUUAUUCGUCGAGGAAGCGUUUCGGACCGGCCGCGAUAGCUUGUUCUUCACUACCGUUGCACUCAUCAAGUUCGGUCUAAUCGGUAUCAAUAAUAGUGACGAGCAGGUGGCAGUGUACCGUAAUGUUCUCAAGGCGUCGAUACUUCCCUCCGCAGCAGAGGAAAGGCGAAAGAAGCAGCGCCAGCCAGAGGAUCACCAUCACGGACACUUCGACCUUACUGAAUACCUGGCGCGAGGCUGGAGAACACCAGUUGUCGAAACAUACGCUGUCCUCUUCAUACGUGAAGACGGAGGCCUCUUCGAAUCCGUCAGCGCACUCCAGGCCUGUGUUUGGGGUGGGAAGAUCGAAUCCUUUACUCUACCCGGGCCGGCCAAGAAACACGCCCUCAUCAAGUUCUCGAGGAUUGAGGCCUGCCAGAAGUAUCUCAACGAUGCCCAAGAUGGGGUAUACAUAAACGGUGUCAAGAUCGGACGUGCUGUACCCUACUACCCAUAUCAACUAGAGCACGGCGAUAUGCCUCCCAAUCUGGGAGGCUUUGCUUCUCGCUGCGUUCGUGCUUUGGAAGUCGAUAAAUCAGUAUCACGGGAAGCAAUUUCAACAGCUAUUAGAGAUGCUAGGAAAGAGGAGAGUAGGUUUGAUAAAUUCGCCUAUGGGGCAGAUGCUGGUCGUCGCUAUUAUGAAUUUCGGUUCUCUUCAAUCCAAUACGCCUCAGAUUUCAUGGACGAGCUCAGGCAGAACAAGGAUUGGGCACGCUGUAAACUCGAGUUGGGCAUUGAUCCAUGUGAGAAAGCAUACGGUGUCCACCUCAACGAUGAUAGACCCAAGCCCAAGGAGCCCUGGGAGGACCUGACCGACGGCUUUUAGCAUAAUAUGGCUUUGGACUUGGAAAGGAGCAGCUGGUGUUAGUUUACGUGUUUAUAGCUAUCACACCAUGCUAUCACAUGGUGAGUGUAGGAACAGUGCUUAUGGCGUUGAGGCGAUCACACAGUGCUUUCACGCCAGGAAUAUGGGAACAGGGCUUUAGGCGUUGAAGGCGAUUACACAGUGCUUUCCUCUACACAAACGCAAGGAAGAUGGAACAACCUGGGGCGCCCCAGGACAUUGGGAGAGCCUCAAUAUUCA